AUAAUGGAAAAUGAACAAACCAACAACACCAACAGCAUUUACCGCUAGGGUAAUGGCGAAUGCAUGUGUCGCUGAGAAAUAUUCGUUACAGAAUUUAUAGUUGUGCAGCAAUCCGGGAAGGAUUCAUGAAACUUUAGCCGUGGUUUCAGCAACAGAUAUGGCAGUGACUUUACAUACAGAUCUUGGCGAUCUCAAGAUUGAGCUUUUUUGUGAUGAAACUCCCAAAACAUGUGAGAACUUUUUAGCUCUUUGUGCAAGUAAAUAUUAUGAUGGAUGCCUUUUUCACAGGAAUAUUAAAGGGUUCAUGAUUCAAACUGGAGAUCCUUCAGGAACUGGUAAAGGUGGAAAGAGUAUUUGGGGGAAGAAAUAUGAAGAUGAAAUUAUUCCACACUUGAAGCAUAACGCAAGAGGCAUUAUUUCAAUGGCCAAUAGUGGUCCAAACACAAAUGGUUCACAGUUCUUUAUUGUGUAUGCCAAACAGCCACAUCUUGAUAUGAAAUACACAGUAUUCGCCAGGCUUAUCGAUGGUUUUGAUGUUCUGGAUGAAUUCGAGAAAAUCCCUACGAACGAAAAGAACUAUCGCCCCAUAGAAGAGCUGAGAAUUAAAAGCAUCACAAUUCAUGCCAACCCACUUGCAGAUUGACAAUGCUAAGACGAAAUCAUCUUUAUCUUUUACUGCCUUUUGCGGUUCUUAUUCCAAAUGGAUCAAUUCCGUGAUUCUGCAGACUGUCAUUUGCUCUAUCAAAAAGAGCAGCAUACAAAGCCAAAUCCAGAAGGAUUUUUAUAUCUUUCCGAGAAUGACCUGAGAAUGAGAGUGACAACCUGAGAGUCAUGUUAUGGCAAACAUAGUGAUACCGCGAAUUCUGUUAAGUGAAGAGGCUUUGACAACUUAUACAACUCAGUAAAACUGAAAUCUUAAUGAUUAUAAUGCUAUUUUGUUUCAAUUAGGAUUCUUAUAGUAGUGCAAGUCUUAGAACAAUUACCGUUAUA